UCGAACUCGGAACCGUAGAGCUCGCGCGCGCGGGGCAGAAUCAGCAAGCGGGCAAAAAACACACAACCGUCGUCGACGAGAAAGAGACCGCGCGCUCGCCAACAGUGUAAUAUGAUUGAAUUGGAUUAGUCAACUGCUGGUAUUAUACCAGAAAACAUCGUUUUUUGAUAGGGGUUCGAUAGGCGAUUUGAGUGAGCGCGAGCGGGGUUUCGCCAAAAACUUGCCAAUCGGGAAUCGGCACGCGCGCGUUUCAGGGUCGUGUCGUCGAGAAUCCGCUUGGAACCCGGCCGUGACUUGUUCCGGGGAAAUUCCGGAAUAUCCGCGCGCACUCCUGUGCACAUUCCUGUGCAUGGUUGAAGGAAAAGAAAUUCUGCGCAGGUGUUUGCUGCGGCUAUUGUUUGUUUUUUAUUUCAUGAUUUUGAGGAAAAAUUGCGAAGAAAGUGCCAGUCCAAGUGACCGAAGUAGGCCUGUAACGGCUGAUCGAUGACGGUCUACUGCGAUCUGUGACAAGCAAAUGAUGCGUAACGGUGCGUGUGAUUUUUGAGUUUGACAGCGAGAGAAAAAAAACAACAAACCAAGAAAAAAAUGUUUUUAUUUUAGCGUUAAUGAAAAUUAAUUAAGACACACCGGCUGAUCGGUGCCCGCUCCCACACACAGUCGACCGAGACUUCGGAAGCUGCCGAACGGGCGAAGAAAAAUUGUGACAAAACUCGAAAAUAGAUUUCCGAACGUGACACACUCACGCAAUGGUGAGGAAGAGAAGUAUUGCGCUUCGUGGGAAAAAUUUGUGCGUUCGUUGUUCACAGCUAAUGCGAAAUUAAUUUCUGACCUCGAGAGUGUUCAGAACCCCCCCAAAAAAAAACAACAACAACAAAGCAGUCGAAGAUCUGAAAAGGUGGAUGUGAUUUAAUGACCCCAAAACGGCACACAGUGGUCGUAAAAUCAUCGAAAACAACAAAAACAAAACCCACCACAACACAAAAGUGCAAUUUUAUGACAGCUGUCAAAAUGCAAUAAAAAGCCAAUUUAUCGACCGCAGAUGCAGUUUCGACGGCGAAGAAAGAAGAUGCUGCUGAUCGAUAUCGGCGAAUGACCCCUCCAAAAAUUCUGAGAAGAAAGGAAGAAUCAUUGUUGUGCACACACACACCCAAACACGCUGAAAACACAGUUUGACUCGAGUGAGCAAUUAACCCAGCGAAGACGCGACGCCGCCAGCUUGAUCACGGCCUCCCUGGCGAAGACCCCGGGCGGCGCUUCGACGUCGACGUCGUCGGCAGAGGUCGUCGGUGCCCCGGAAGUGCCCACCGACCACCGAAUGCAGCCAACCGCACCGCAGAGCACGGGAGGUGGACCUGAUAUGGACCUCCCCACCGUACAGUCCAUGGAUUGGGUGUUCCAGAACAAGCAGCUCUACUUCCUCGCGCAGUAUCUCGCACAGCAAGCUGAAAAGAAGGAAAAACUAUCGACCACAGCCGCCAGCAUGGACGGGUUGUUGAACGCCGCAGCCGGCACCACCACCACCGCCACCGCCAACGCCACGUCCCCGCUGAUGAGCGCCGUCCUGGAGCAGAACGGCGUUACGCCGCCGUCCCCCUCGACGACGCCCCUGUCCGAGGCGGGCAGCACCAGCGGGAAGCUGCUGAUGGACAGCAGCCCGGAUAAGCCCGCCAGCCUGGACGGCGAUGCCCGGCUGGACCUGCUGCGCGAGGUCAAGGCGCUGACCAUCAACAACAACAACAACAGUAGCAGCAACAACAACAACAAAAGCAGUAGUGACAGCUGCAGCAGGGUCAGUCCCAGUCCCGACAAGGACGAAAGUGGGUUAGAUGGUAGCGAACAGGCUAGCAGUAACGACAAAGGCAGCAGUAACGUGCACUGUAACGCAAGUAACGCCAACGAAAGCACAAACAGCACGUCGAAUAACAGCAGCAGUAGCAGUAGUAACGUCGAGGCCAAGGAAGGUGACUCCAAGGAGACCGAAAGCCGGACGACCAGAACGCUGGCGGAGGAACUGUCGGCGAAAAAUAGAGAGGUAUGUAUAGUAAACUCCAUGGCAAACGUAAAAGUAAACAACAACAACAACAACAACAACAGCAGCGGGAGCGAUGACGAUGACGACUGCAAGAUAUCGGCCCUGUUCGAGGAAGUGGCCCGCCUGCGGACGGCCAUCGCCAACAUCCAGGAGUCGCACAACGUGCAGAUCCAGCGGCUAGAGGACCGCCUCGAGGAGAAGCGGCAGCACAUCGUGCGGUUAGAAUCUCGCAUCGAGAAGCAGCAGGACUUUGACGAUCUGAAGAAGGAAAACAACAUUCUCCGAUCGGUCGACCUGAGCACGUCGCACGACUCGAAGCAGUUCCAGGAACUGCUGCUCGAACGCACCAAAGCCCUGGCGGCCCAAACCGAGGCGAUCAAGUCGUCCAACUCCGAAGGAUCUCCGUCGAGCGGCCAGCCGAAGCCCGCUUCGUCGCCAGCAGCGACGAGCAGCUGCAGCACCGCCACGACCACCAUCCCCACUCACGCUGCUAACGCUUGUAACGCUAGUAACGACCUCCUGCCUGUCAACAACAGCAGCGGCAGCAGCAGUAAUGGCAACGCCGUUAGCACUAGUAGCAUUAGCAUUAGCACGCCCGCAGCAAUCAGCACAACGGCUGCAAGUAACAACAACAACAUCAACAGCAUCAGCAACAGCUUUGUCUCGAGUCGGAGGCCCAGCGUGACGCCGUCACCGUCGGCCAUUGGUCCGCUGGUGGGCCCUCCGGCCCACGUGAUCUCCGGUAGCAAUAGCCUAGCCCAGCUCAGCUCCUUCCUUCCGCCUCCGUUGCAAAACGUUGAACAGUUUGGCUCGUUUCUGGGUGAGGAGAUUGUCAGCACCUGGCGGCACGGUCUGGAACUACCCCCUCCACCACCGGGCCUGGCCGCGGCAGCAGUCGCCGCCGCCGCACGCAACCAUUCGCAACAGUUACUAAUGAACCACAACCAUCAUCCUCCUCCUCCACCUCCCACAGAUCUGAUUCACCACGAGCAGGACAAGGCUAGCUCCCACCAUGAUAACAACUCCUCGAGUGCGAGUACACCGAUCCUGCAGGAGAGCUCCCGCCACGACGAGCUCAUGAACGGCGGUGGCCUGACCCCGAUGCGGAUGUCCAAGAGCCCGCUGGAGGACAACAACAACACCCUGCUACCCCUGCCAAACACCGGCCCAAGCCUGAUACAGGGUCUGCCGUUCCAGUUCCAGGAGCGCGGUCACUUCCGGUUCGCCGAAGACCUCCAGCUGCCGCCCGGCGCGAUGGUCGGCCGCCUCGGCGACUCGCUCAUCCCCAAGGGUGACCCCAUGGAGGCCAAACUGCAGGAAAUGCUCCGCUACAACAUGGACAAGUACGCCAACCAGAACCUGGACACGCUGCACAUCUCGCGGCGCGUCCGGGAGCUCCUGUCGGUGCACAACAUCGGCCAGCGCCUCUUCGCCAAGUACGUGCUCGGCCUGUCCCAGGGCACCGUCUCCGAGCUGCUCUCGAAGCCCAAACCGUGGGACAAGCUGACCGAAAAGGGCCGCGACAGCUACCGGAAGAUGCACGCCUGGGCCUGCGACGAGAACGCCGUCCUGCUGCUCAAGUCGCUGAUCCCGAAAAAAGGUAAAGAACCCGGAAUGCCAUCGUUUGGCCGGCCCGAGGGCUCCGACAUGAACGACGACCGAAUCCAGCACAUUCUCUCGGAGGCCCAAUCGAUGAUCAAGCGGGACCCGCCGCCGGGUCCGCACCACCCGCAUCCGCACCCGCAGCUGCACCAGCAGCUCCAGCUGCAGCAGCAACUGCAGCUCAACUCGCUGGACGACUCCCAGCACAGUGAUAACGACUCCAAGUCGCCGCACAGCCGGGACGUCCAGUCGCCGUUUGCCAAAGAUUACCUGAACCGACGGGCCGCGAUGAAGAAGUUCAGCGACAACAACGACGACAUCCCCCAGGACAAGAUCGCCAAGAUCUACCAGGAGGAGUUUUCGAAGCUGAUCAGGAGUCCGCGCGAGUUUCCAAAUUUCCUCUUCCCGCACUUCCUCGGCGGUGGCAUGCCACCCAUGGAGCGCCCAGCCCAGGACGACAACAUCCGGAUGGCGCUGGAGGCGUACCAUCGCGAGCUGGCCAAGCUGCAGCAGAAUGCCGCAGCUGGAGCCGGCAUCCCCAGCAUGCCAAACAUCUCCAACCUGCCCAACUUCCUGGCGUUGCACCAGCAACACCAACAACAACAGCAGCAGCAGCAGCAACAAGCCGCAGCUCAACAGCAACAACCCCCUCACCAUCCGACCGGACUCAACGGCUCCGUUCAGGAUCUCUCCCUCCCAAAGGAGAAGCAGAUGGCUGCCGCCGGCGGCAAGCUGAACGGCUCGAUGACCGACCUCGAGAGCGAAAUCGACGCCGCAAACAAGGAGGUGGACGACGCCAUGAAGCACAGCGCGUUCAGCAUGGUCAAGCCCAAACCCGAACCGGGCACGUGCACUCCCACCACCACGGCUUCGUCCGCCCCGAGCCCCAUCAGCAACAGCAUCCUGCCACCGGUGAUCGCCCCGUCCGAGGAGUUCUCCGUGUCGGCCAGCCCGCUCCAGCGGAUGGCCUCCAUCACCAACUCGCUCAUCACGCAACCUCCGGUCACGCCGCACCACUCUUCGCAGCAGCGACCGCUCAAAGCCAUCCUGCCUCCGAUCACUCAGCAACAGUUUGAUCUCUACAACAGCCUAAACACCGAGGACAUUGUGCGCCGGGUCAAGGAAUCCCUCUCCCAGUACUCCAUCAGCCAACGCCUCUUCGGCGAGUCCGUGCUCGGCCUGUCCCAGGGAUCCGUGAGCGACCUGCUCGCCCGGCCCAAACCCUGGCACAUGCUGACCCAAAAGGGCCGCGAACCGUUCAUCCGCAUGAAGAUGUUCCUCGAGGAUGACAACGCCGUGCACAAGCUAGUCGCCAGCCAGUACAAGAUCGCGCCGGAAAAGCUCAUGCGAACCGGCAACUACAGCGGAACGCCCCAAAUCCCCGGCAUGAUGGUCAAAAACAUGCCCCCGAUGCCCAAGAUGCUCAGCGACUCCAUCAACAAGCUCCAGCAAGACCAAAAGACGCUCCUCCAGCUGCAAAUGUCCCAGAUGCAGCAAAUGCCACCCACUUCCCAAGCGCAGCAAAUGCAACAGCACCAGCAGCAACUCCACCAACAACAACUCGCAGCCGCCGCCGCUGCCCAGCAUCAAGCCCAACAAGAAGCCGCUGCGGCAGCAGCGGCAGCCGCCGUUCGCCAACCCCCCUCCUCCCAACCAUCCCCCGUCCCCAGUCAAACCUCCCAAUCCAGCCGGCAGCAACCAUCGCCGCAAACGAUGCUGCUAACCCCGCCCGGAAUUCCCCCGCAACACGCCAUCACGCUCCAAACGCCCCACGGAGGCGGUGGAGGUGCCCCCUCGGACAAAAAGUCCUCCUCCAUCAUGAUGGGUAUCCACUCGCCCCAGCAGCAGCAGCAGCAGCACACCCCGCCUUCGUCCGGCCAGCCCGGACCGCCGCCGGGGGUGAACUCGAUGCGCGGAGCGCUGCACCAGCACAUCUCGCCGACCGUGUACGAGAUGGCGGCGCUCACCCAGGACCUGGACACCCAGGUCAUCACGACGAAGAUCAAGGAGGCGCUGCUCGCGAACAACAUCGGGCAGAAGAUCUUCGGCGAAGCCGUUCUCGGUCUUUCGCAGGGAUCCGUCUCGGAACUGCUCUCCAAGCCUAAACCCUGGCACAUGUUGAGCAUCAAGGGCCGGGAACCGUUCAUCCGGAUGCAGCUGUGGCUCAGCGAUUCCAACAACGUCGAGCGGCUGCAAAUGCUCAAGAACGAGCGACGCGAAGCCAGCAAACGGCGAAGGUCAACGGGCCCCGGAGCGCAAGACAAUAGCUCGGACACCAGCAGCAACGACACGUCCGAGUUUUACCACUCAAACUCACCCGGACCAGGCUCGGUCGGAUCGGCCGCGGCUCCUCCCAACAAGAAACAACGCGUGCUGUUCUCCGAAGAGCAGAAGGAAGCGUUGCGGUUGGCGUUUGCGCUGGAUCCGUACCCGAACGUGCAGACGAUCGAGUUUUUGGCGACGGAGCUGGGUCUUUCGACGCGAACCAUCACCAACUGGUUCCACAACCACCGGAUGCGACUGAAGCAGCAGGUCCCGCACGGGCAGCCCUCGGAGCCGAUUCCCUCGCGGGAGAACCAAACCGGAGCGCCGUUCGAUCCGGUUCAGUUCCGCGUGCUGCUGAGCCAACGGUUGAUGGAGAUCCAGAAGGAGCGGCUGGGACUGAGUGGGGUUCCGCUGCCGUACCCGCCAUACUUUGCCGCCAACCCGAACCUGGCGGCGCUCAUCGGGCGAGGGUUCAUCCCCGGCGAUGUGGACCUGGCCGCGCUCAACAAAGCCGUCAGCGAGCAGAUGAGCGGGCUGGACCUGUCGAUGCCGUCGUCGGUGAAGCGAGAGGGCGAAGAGGAUUACGAAGAGGACGGUGACCACGACGGGGAGAGUCACGUUUCGGACUCGGAAUCGAUGAACGACAACCGGGGCGGUGACGGAACGGACGACCAGCACUCGGUGUCGGGCCUUUCGCUGGCGAGCCUGCACGCCAUGUCGCGGAUCAGCCGGAGGAAGCCGGCGGCGCCGCAGUGGGUCAACCCGGACUGGCAGGCCGACGACAAGAAAUCCAACAUUCCAGGCGGUGAAAAGAAGGACGCCGCCGACAUCAUCAACGGCGUGUGCGUGCUCCAGCCGGACAACGUGCCAUCGGUGCAGCAACGGUUUGUUGCGGCGAUGGCGGCGGCGGCUGCGGCCGUAGCAGCGGCUGCGUCCGGCAGCGAUCACGACGAUCAGGACGAUGCCAGAUCGACGCACUCGAGGCAAUCGGGGGAGGAGCAGCGAGAGGCUGGUGAGGAGGAGGGUCGUGCGGAAAAGGACGCUUCCGAGUCGGCGGCGGCGGCUGCGACCACGGUGGAAAACAGUGGUGACAACUCCGAGAAGGAGGUCCAGGUCAAGACGGAACUGAUGGAGGAGGGUGGAGGUGAACGGUGGGAGUAUUAGGCGCGCGCGCGCCAGGUGACAGGUUAUGAACCAAAACACGAGGCGCGCCCGGCAUGCUGCGAUCGGGAAACAAAAUGGCAAGGUCAGUGCAAUCGAAAACAAAAAUAGCUAAAACAAAGAAUGAGAGAGAGGUAAACAAUAACAGAUAAAAAAAACAAAAUAAAACAGAGUAAAGUCUGAACGCGCUUCCGCGAGCUUUCAAGAAGUGGCGAAAGUGGCCAGUUUGCAGACGAAAAUGUGAUUACAGAAGAAUGUUUCCCGCAACUCUUCUACCUUUUUUAAGUUGUUAUCCAUGUUUUACCGCGUGUAGGAAAGCUCGUACUAUUCUUUUUAAGUGUAUAGAAAGUAAAUAAUGAAAAACUGUCUGACUGCGAUCCAACUUCCUCAGUUGUAAACGUACAUGUUUAUAAAUAUUUCUUACAAAAAAAAACAAUUAUUUUCCUGUAAAUACUUCGUUUUUACGUAACUUACAAACCGCUAAGUUUACUCUUUUUUCCUUCUUUUGAACUAUCAAUAUAAGAAGACUGUUACAGCAAGUUUUAAAUAUAAUAUUGACGAGAAAGGUAAAAUAAUUAGUAGAUUUUAAGCCGCUAGCCUAACUUCUAAGUCGAAUAAACACACACACAAACACACACACUUUUUAUAUAGGGAUGACCCGAGAACCUUCUAUAUUUUUCUGUUUUUAGCUGUAAAACCACGGGAAACAUGAUAAGUUUUCCCCUCAAAUUGCAUUUACUUCUACCCCAUUUUGAACUCAACCAACACGAACACACACACACAAUUGAUGAUGAAAAUAAUAACAUGAACGUACUUAUAGGUGAAUAAAUAGCGAUAAAUGUCUCCAUCGAAAAAGUUUAAAGAAAAACACACUUUUUCGCAUAAAAGUUAAAAUAAUCAAAAAAGUGGGCAAAUCGCGAACAGAAAAUCAAAAACAAAAGGGUGGAGGAGAUUCAGCAAACUUAUAUUCUUGGGAAGCUUAUUUUGUACAUAGAUAAACAAUGUGAAUAGAUUCCCGAGUUGAACACACACGAACCUACACAAAUAAGAUGAAAAUGGCCAAAUAUUUAGCUGGUAGUAAAAACCGUCGUGGGAAAAUAGAUAAAAUUUUAUGAUUAAUUUAAACGUCGCGAUCCUUUACACCAAUAUGGGUUUGGCUUUUAGCACAGCAUCACAGCAAACCAGGAGGGUUUGAUUGACCUUUUUGUUUGCGUUCAAAUUUUAGAAACUUUAGUUUCCAUAGCCUGCUGAGAGCUGAAAUUAAAACACAAUUAGAGCAAAACGUUACAGGAUUUUAGAAUGAAAAAAAGUAAAACUCCUUCCCUUUAAUAUUUGCAUGAUUAUACAAAAAAAAAAAACACUUUGAACAAGCUAACACAACAAAAAAAAUUAACAAAUAAAGAAACGAUCUCAAAACCAACCAAAUAUAUUUAAACACAAACAAACAAAAUAAAAGUGGGAGAAGCAGCAAAAUCUCCGUUAAGCAAAUAAGAUUGUCAGUAAAAAGUCAGUAAUCGAAUUUCCAAACUCGUUUUAGACGAGCGCGCCGCUGCGCGGCAAAUUCUUCGCCUCUUUUUGUGACAGCUGAAGAAUUUGCUAAAAUGGCGCGCUUUGUCGCAAAGGUGUGAAUCUCUUUUGUACAUAUAUAUUUUCCUCAGUUUAGAUGAAAACAAAAAAAAAUGCGUAUUUAAAAGUAAAACUUAUGCAGCAUUAAUUUUGAAGGCGGAAGAAAACAAACAAAACAUGAAUUUAGCCCCCGAGCAAAAAGAAAAAGAACAAGAAAAUUGAGAAAAUUGUUUAUUUUUCUCGCCCCGAAGAUGAACGCAUAUCCGAAUUUAAUGGAACAAAGGUCUAGUAUUUAUUCAGAAUUUUAACAAAACGAACAAAGAAAUCUUACUCAAUUCACACACAUUUGAAAUCAUCCAUAAUUAAGUGUGAAAAAACGCAGAAAGAAAAGAGAUAAAGGAACCACAGUCCUUGCAAAAAUAAAAACAAAAACAAACGUUAAAUUGUAUAGCGUAAAUUGGGUUUCUUAAACAUUUCUUUUCUGACGCGAUGAUUUUCCCCUAGGAAUUAACCUGCAAAAAGUUGGUUCGUGGUGAGGAAAGUGUAAGAAAUUCUUAUUAAAAAUUACACAUUAUGAUAAAGAAAAAAACAAUCAAAUUGUUUGAUUUAAAACGAAAAUAGCUAGGAAUGUGAAUUUUAUACAAGCAGAAUAUAAAUUAUUAAAGAAAA